AUGGCUGAAGUUGAGAAUCUCAUGGAGCGAGGAAAGCUUGCAGCUCGUGGGUUGAACAUUGUCCUGAUCAGCCGAUCAAAAGACAAACUGGAGGCUGUAGCAGCAGAGAUAGAAGGUAUAGCUGGAGUCAAGACAAAGAUAGUUGUUGCAGACUUUGGUUCGACCGAAAUCUACGACAACAUCAAACAUCAGUUGGAGGGACUCGACAUCGCCUGUCUUGUAAACAACGUGGGCAUGACGCCGUUCGCUAUCCCUGAUUUCUUCCUGAAUUGUGGGGACGAGGUUUAUGAGAAGACGGUGCAUUGCAACGUGAAUUCCAUGAUCAUGAUGACCAAGAUUGUGCUGCCAGGAAUGGUGAAGAGGAAGACAGGCGUGAUUAUAAACCUCUCUUCUAUACUCGCAACGGCUCCUGCUCCCCUGAUGGCUGUGUACGCAGGCACUAAGGCCUUUGCAUUGCAGUUUUCCAAGUCCUUGGCGGUGGAGUACAAGGAUAAGGGUGUCAUUGUACAGGCUGUUACACCGUCAUUUGUGUCUACCAAAAUGACUGGCCGCAUUUCGACUAACUUCUUUGUGACAACCCCGGCAUCGUUCGUUCGCUCUGCCCUGAACACAGUGGGGCUGGCCAAUCAAACAUCGGGUUGCUUUUCGCACUCGCUACAGAUUUGGUUAGAAAGCCUGUUUUCUCAAGACGUGUUCUGUGAAUGGGUGAAGCUGCCUGCCAUGAAGAGGCUCCGAGAGUUUGGUAUGAAGGGUCGACGUCAGCAGUCCAAGAAGGGAAAAUAACACAAACAUCUACAACCAUACAAAAAUCAAUGGCACAUAGAACAACGUACUUAAUACAAACAUAAAACAACAGACAGGCUAUAACUACAUCAUAUGAUAAACAAUACUGUAGUUACUGAAGAAAGUCUUUAUGCUAUAUAUGAUAUGACACAUGCUGUCACUUCUCAAGAUACAUGUAUUACUAUUGAAACACUCGAUCUAAUAUUAAU